CAGAAAAGAGAGCGCGAGAAAAGAAAAAAACAUAAACAAAUCCGCCUCCGCCCAUCCGCUCAUCCGCCUCCGCCCACGGCCAGAUCCGGCCGCCGAGGACCUCGACGAGCCCCCGUCCGCCGGAGACCCUCGGUGCUGGCGCGGCCGGCCCUCGCGUUUGCCGUAGUUAGCUGGUUCGUGGGAUUGGAAGAUUUGAGAUGUCGCAAUCCAAGGAAGUGAGGUACACUGCGCGUUCUAUUACACCUCCUGUGGAUAGGAAUGGCACUUCAAAGUCAAAGUCACCCACUCCAGUGAGACGCAGUACUUCUAGGUCACCUCCUCCAAAGAGGAGUGACUCAAGGUCUCCAAGGAGGCGUAGUUCUUCAAAGUCUCCUCGCCCUAGAAGACAUGGCAGAUCAAGGUCAAGGUCAAGGGAUAGGAGUCGCUCCAGGAGCCGAGAUGAUGAUUUAAGAAAUCCUGGGAAUAACCUUUAUGUGACUGGAUUAUCCACGCGCGUAACUGAGGAAGACCUAGAGAAAUUCUUCAGUAAGGAGGGAAAGGUUCAAAGCUGUCAUGUUGUUCUUGAUCCUCGCACAAAAGAAUCCCGUGGGUUUGCCUUUGUGACCAUGGAUACUGUUGAUGAUGCAAGACGCUGCAUAAAGUACCUGCACCGCACUGUACUUGAAGGUCGCCUGGUCACUGUAGAGAAAGCUAAAAGAACUCGGGAGAGAACUCCUACUCCUGGAAAAUAUUGUGGCCGCAGAGGCUCCCAAAGACAGUCCAGGAGUCCAUCACCUUACCGGUCUCGCAGGAGAGAGCGAUCUCGCUCAAGGGACCGUCAGAGGGACCGCUCACGCUCGAGGGAUCGCCGGAGGGACCGUUCUCGCUCGAGGGACCGCCGGAGGGACCGCUCUCGCUCGAGGGACCGCCGCAGGGACCGCUCUCGCUCGAGGGAUCGUCGCAGGGACCGCUCGCGCUCAAGGGAUCGCCGUGGCAGCUCGCCACAUGGCAGAGAUUCACACAGAAGGCAUGGAGACCGGUCCAGGUCACCAGCUACCAAUGGGAACCAUAAAAAGGACUAGAAACCACUCUACUAGGGUUUUCCCUUCCGGUGUUUGUAGGACUGGAUUUCUGUUUUGGGAUUAUUGAGUACCGGUAUGAACUUGUGGUUCAGUAUCAGACAGUGUUAUGGAGUCUCCUAGCAGCUUUAGCUGAAUUUGGUUAAGCACGUUAUCCUCGUAGUUUCUGAUGAGAAGAUAUUAUACUGUUAUAACUUUUGAUAUUUCAGUGUGUUCUGGGACAAAGCAUAAAGGUUUGAA